AUGCCAGCAAGCACAAACACAGAUCACUCGGAAGACCCUGAAGAAGCCACAAUAAUCAACCCAGAUGAAGCCGAAGAAGUCGUCGAGGACGCGGACGGCGAUGUACCCAUGGACUCGGACAGCGAUGGCGAUGAGCCAAUGGAAGUGAACCUAGUAAACGACGCAAAGGCCUACUUUGACAAGCACGGCGAGUCCAUAUUCUCCAUCGUCGCGCACCCAACGGAUAAAUCCAUUUUUCUCACCGGUGGUGGUGACGACUUGGCGUACGUAUGGACACCAGACCAUGUUCCCUCCGAUCCCGAGGAAGCCAAGAUAAUCCCACGGGAAGGAAAAGUCAUCGCCCGCCUCGCAGGGCAUAAGGAUUCAGUCUCCACAGCGGCGUUCCUGGGACGAAUUGGCCAAUUCGCCGUGACAGGGGGACUGGACGGGAAACUGCAGGUCUACGACGCCGCGCAGAACUGGAGAAUGGUGGACGAGGCGCAGGAGGUGCAGGAGGUGAAUUGGAUAUCCGCCCACCCGAGCGAGGUCGCCUUCGCGCUGGGUGCGAACGACGGCUCUGUAUGGGUUUACUCUGUCGAUGUUGGUGCGGGGAAACUCACUAUUAAACAAGUGCUCACCUCGCAUACGGCGUCGUGUACCGCGGGUGUGUGGACACCAGAUGGGAGAUUGCUGGUGACAGUGUCUGAAGAUGGGAGUUUCUAUGCUUGGGAUGUGGAUGCUGGGAAGUCCGUUGUUGCGCUGACGGCGGCGGAUCAGAGGUUCGCGGUCGAGGGGGGACUCUACUCUGUCGCUCUGAGCCCUUCCGGCUCUGUCGCUGUUGUUGGUGGGGCGACGGGGGAAAUGCGUGUUGUUGGAAUGCCUACUUCGCAAGCUGCCGCGGGGGCACGCAGGACCGCUGGAAGACCACAGGCUGGGGGUGGAGGAUCAGCUGGCGGUGGACAGGCAGGCCAGAUCCUCGCAGCAUUACAUACACACACUGAGAGCGUCGAGUCCCUCAGCUUCCAUCCUACGCAGCCAUUACUCGCCUCCGGAGGAGUAGAUGGCAAAAUCGUUAUCUACGACGCCGGGCGCGGGUACCCGGUUCGGAAAACCCUUGGCGAGGAAGGCGGCCACCAUGAAGCCGUUGUCAAAGUAGAGUUCGCAAAGAUGGAUGGAUGGAUCUUGACCAGCUGCGGGGUUGACGGCACGGUACGGCAAUGGGAUGCCCGCGCUGGGACUGAGCUGUCAUGCUGGAGGGGCCAUCUUGGUGGGAAUGCUGCGGAGGGUGAAGGUGGCGUAUUGGGAUUUGUACAGACUGCAGAGAGGAUUGUCACGGCUGGCGAUGAGUAUGUCGCCCUUUCGAGUGUCUUUUUUUUGAAUUUUUUUGAUUGUGAGGUUGGAUCAAAUGCUAAUGAUAUAUACGAUAGUGGUGUCGCCUUAGUCUUUGAGGGGGUGAGUGGUGGGGGGAUUGCAGCUCCCACAAUUACUGGUGCGGUUUUAAGGUAAGGGCGUGUAAUUUAGUCUAAAAGUAAAAAUAAAUAAAUCACAUAUAGAUCUUGGG